AUGCCCGACAUCCAAUCGAACGAGGAAACAUCUUUGAGAUCCUCUGUUUACAGCGUAGCACUGAGCAUUAAUACCAUAUUGCCGCAAUACAGCGAUUCAGCCGAAGAAGCAGACGCGCCAUCUUCUUUCGAGCAGGAUAUACGAGGGAAGACACUCAGAUUUCAAGUGCUUUCCGCACAGCGGCCUCAAUAUCGUACUAGAGCCAGUCGGUCAUCCUUCCAAUCUGAUCGCACCGUCCUUCCUCCACGAUAUUCGACCAUAUCGACAUCCCAUCCAACAGUGGAACAACCCAAUGAAGAUUCGCUUGUGGUGCAACACUACGAGCAUGCCUUCUCCGUCCAAAGCAAAAAGCCGUGGGCAACCGUGUACCUGUUCACCCCGAAGACUAUGCCUGGAAUGCCUAAAUCAUCUCAAACUACUCUCAGAGUGCCCGUGAUAUAUGGUCAGGAACCGGUGCUCGGAAUGCUAGAGCUGGAUAUAGACAGUCCAAAGGGUAUUAUUGAGCAGAUUACUGUCGCUCUUCAGGGCAAGGUAUGGAACUGGUACUCCGAAUCUUCUACCAAAAUCUUGGAUCAAAGCUAUCUAUUAUGGCAUAAGCUUAGUCCAGUUAAAGACGGCAAACUUCUAGGCUCCCAUCAAAUGCCAUUCUCAUUUCAACUUGGAGAAGUGCAGAGACGGACAAACGAGGACUCUGACGCCCAGUUGUCCGAUUUAGAUACAUCAGUGACACCCUAUGAAGAAGAACUGUCGCUGGAUUCAUCGCUGACAAAGAUAAUCAAAACAGAAGUAUCCUAUGUGCCACUAACCAUCGCACGAGCGGCCUCGUCGAAGAGACAGAGUGCCCAUGCUGCUGGCGCCGUGGCUCCUGGUCCAUAUCAUGACCCUGAAGGAUGGUUUGCACUCCCUGAGGCUAGCAUGAAAGGCGAGGUCGAUGGACGACCCAUUUUAAUCAGUUCCAAAGUAACCCACGCUCAUAUUGUCGAGGAACGGCUAUCCCCUGCAGAUGCACCUCUGGUGCGCCUCACCCGACGGUUACGUCAAUUUGAGAUACACAAAUCGACUCGCCCUUUGGGAUCCAGUCCGGUUACUCCUUUUCGAGACAAAUCCGCCUUGGAGUUCGAGAGAGAAUGCACCUUCACAAAGUGUACUAUAUUGACCCUGGCGAUGUGGCGUGCCCUUUCAAAACGUGACCUAGAAAGCCUGGACAACAGAAAUUGCUACUUAGAGGGAGAGAUACACCUAGAAGACGACUUGGUGCCCAGCUACUCCAGUCGCCUGUUUUCGAUAGAGUACAAUGUCGAGUUACUUCCCUUGAUCUCGGAUUCUUUCAAGGCUUCCCACAUUGAAGAUUCAACUAACGAGGGGGAUAGUAAGGGUAUUCUUUCGUCGUGUUUGGUGGAGAUUACCACUCUGCGGCCUCCAGAAGAGCCAGUCCCGGUAAAAUUUACCAAGCCACCCCAGUACGGUAAAUUUCCUGAGGUCAAGAAAGAGGAAUCUGACACUGGCUGGAAUAACCGAUCCUUUGAGCAGUUUGGACUUAUCUAG